AUGUAUGGGCUCAUGUACCCCUCAGUGCCCAAACAGCAACCUGUGGUGUUCACUACAUGUCCAGAGGACACCAAGCAUUAUGAUGAGGCACGGCAGUGUGUUGAGGAGCUGGCCCUCUACCUCAAACCCCUCAGCAGUGCACGAGGAUUGGGGUUGAGUAAUGCUGCUCAGAGCAUGCUGAGCCGCCCCAUGCAGAGGAAGCUGGUGACUCUGGUGCACUGUCAGCUGGUGGAAGAGGAAGGACGGGUCAGGGCCAUGCGGGCAGCCCGUUCUCUGGGUGAAAGAACUGUUACUGAGCUCAUUCUGCAGCACCAAAACCCCCAGCAGCUCUCCUCCAACCUAUGGGCUGCUGUCAGAGCCAGAGGCUGCCAGUUCCUGGGCCCUGCCAUGCAGGAGGAGGCACUAAAGCUGGUGCUGUUGGCUUUGGAAGAUGGAUCCGCUCUUUCCAGGAAGGUUCUGGUCCUCUUUGUGGUCCAGAGACUGGAACCAAGAUUUCCUCAGGCCUCCAAAACCAGUAUUGGACAUGUAGUUCAGCUCCUCUACCGUGCCUCCUGCUUCAAGGUGACUAAGCGAGAUGAGGAUUCAUCACUAAUGCAGUUGAAAGAGGAAUUCCGCACGUAUGAGGCACUUCGGCGGGAACACGACUCUCAGAUUGUUCAAAUCGCAAUGGAGGGAGGGCUCCGCAUCGCACCCGAUCAGUGGUCUUCUCUGCUGUAUGGAGACCAGUCUCAUAAGUCUCACAUGCAGUCCAUCAUUGACAAGCUGCAGACCCCAGCAUCAUUUGCUCAGAGCGUGCAGGAGCUGACCAUCGCACUGCAGAGGACGGGUGACCCUGCCAAUCUCAACCGGCUGAGACCUCACCUCGAGUUACUCGCUAACAUCGACCCCAGUCCAGAUGCUCCUCCUCCGACCUGGGAGCAGCUGGCGAAGGGGCUGGUGGGGGUAAAGACGGUGGUGCACGGCCUAGUGGACUUCAUCCAGAACCACAGCAAAAAGGGUGCCGACACGCAGCAGCCUCCACAGCACAGCAAAUACAAGACGUACAUGUGCAGAGACAUGAAACAGAAAGGAGGCUGUCCCAGAGGAGCUAGCUGCACCUUCGCCCAUUCUCAGGAGGAGCUGGAAAAGUACCGUAAAAUGAACAAACGUCUUGCUGCGCGAGUGCCCUGCACCCCUGGCCUGCUGCCUGAGGAGGUGGUCCCGCUGGAGCAUGGGCGAAAGGCCUCUACACUUACCAACGGGGCCCCUCUUCCCCAGCUCAUCCCCAGAGGCACAGACCCCUCCACAUAUGACCUCUUACUCAAGCCCAAGAUGGAUGCCACUAGCCUGAGCGCUCCUGGGUCGCCACCCGACACUUUGGAUAAAUCUAGCUUGGCCCUGACGUCCCACCCUGUGCCUCACCCCAGGGCAGAGCACUUACCCAUGUCCAAACAGGUGCCAGUCAUGCCCAGAGGUGCGCCACAGAUGUAUCCACAACAGCAGCCCGAGCUCUUCUAUCCAGAGCCCACCAGACCUACUCCCUCAGGAUCUCAGUAUGAUGCUCAGUACCCAACAGGCAACCCCUACCCAUACCAACCUCCACCAUAUGUCCCUCCCCGCUAUAUACGUAAUCCCCCUCCCCCGGGCGAGUCUGCAGUGCCACCUUACCCAGAGCCCUACCCGGGUUACAUCCCAGAUCGCCAAUAUCCAAGCCACCACUCUGGUCCCCCUUUCUCAUCCCACACAUAUGCACCAGCCUCCCAUUACAGUCGCAGACAUGGACACUAUCCUGUACCCCCACCUCAGUUUGCCCCGCCCAGAGACGACUUGGUCAGGAUGAGCCCAGUUCCUCUGGACAUUCCACCAGCCGCUAUGCCUCCACCUCCAGCAGGGGCUGCAGGUUCUCUGUACCACCCCCAGGAAGCGUCAUCCAGAGACAGAUACCCACCGGAGGGGUACUAUCCUCCUGGACCGCACCCCAGCCAAAUGCGGUCCCACAUAGGAGACCCGUAUAGCCGCUCUCAGCCUAGUCUGGAUGACUUGCAUCGCAGGCGCAAAGAGCUGCUUGUCCAGCUAGAGGAGAGAAAAGUCAUCUCUCCUCCCCCCUUUGCUGCCUCCCCGACUCUCCCUACACACCCGUUCCCCAACGACUACCCUCGGGAGUAUUUGGAGGACGGCUCUAAAGCCUUUGGAAGUCGGGAGCCGGACUACGCUGGGCAGUAUUCCCCCUGGUCAUGUGACACCAUAGGAUCAUACAUUGGCUCCAAGGAUGCUAAACCAAAAGAUGUCGGUAGUGCUGUGGAGAUGAUGAAUGCAGAGGGGAAAGUUCUCUGUGAACCUCCACUGGACACCCAGCGGCGCUCUGCAGAAGCCAAAGACGACGAUCCCAUCAUUCCCUUUGGUCCUCUGCCCACAGUGUCUCCUUUUGGUGCCAUUUCACGUACCUCUAAAACGGGUUACCAGACCACUGUGCCUGUACAGGCCAUAGCAUCCUCACAGGCCUCGGGCUCCAAACACAUGACCAUGACAGCAGACUAUCCAUAUGGAAACCACAGUGGAUGGGGAGGAGCGUCGUACCCUCAGCACCAGAGCAUUAACUCUCAGGGACACUUCAGCGAGCGUCUGCCAGUGUCUGCCCCUGACCGCGAGCAGCUCAAGAUUGAGCUCCAGCAAGUCAACCAACAGAUCAGUCAGCAGACACGCGGCAUGGAGGCGUGUGCGCUGGCAUCUCAGCCUGCAGCUGGAGUGAAGUGGUCUUCAGGUGGCACUGUGUCUAGUGAGCAGCUCAGCCUGGAGCUUGAUCACGUAGAGCUGGAGAUCAAAAAGAGAACCCGUGAAAUCACCAUUGAGAACCAGGUGGCCCAUGAAUACAAGCUGAAUGCCGCUGAGAAUGGGCAGACUAACCAUAAAGCCCAGCUGGAGGAGCUCUCUUUAGCAUUGGGUGAGGUGUCUAAUGGAUCCAGUGGCAUGAAGCCAGCCAGUAGUAUGGGUGGAUCUAUGCUCUCGCUGACCAAUAAGACGUCUUCUCUCACCCUCUGCUCCGCUGACCAAGCAGCGAGUAGCUCAGACCUUCAAAAGAAUGGUGUUGUUCACUCUUGCUCUUAAGAGCACACACACACACACACACACACAGAGACAACCUCUCCAGAGGUCAAUAUUCCUUCUCAGAGGGCUUUGAAAUUAAUCUCUUGACUAAUUCGAACCAGUUUCAAGAGACACAAGAUGUGUUUUUAAUAUUCAGACAGAGCUGAUAUGAGGGACACACACACACCUGCAUGCUGCUACAUGCAUGCACCGACACAGACUUCUGUUUUAUUUAGAAAAAUGAGCAGUAUCUGCCGUGAUAUAAAUUUUCUUUCUUUUUGUUCUGUGAAUGAGCUUUUUGUUUUAAUGACUUCUCAUCGCCUGGAAACCAGGGCAUCUGAAUAAUGCUUACUUUGUUGUUUUCCCUCUAUAUCAAGAAAGAACAGUCAACCCAAAGCUAGCACAGACAGGAUGACACAAACUAGUGGAAUCAAAAUGAGAAUCGAGCGCACUAUUUUUAGCAUCGGGGCUAGUUGCUGAUUGUGCAGUCGGGGCUCUGUGGAAAUGUUCAACUCCCUGGAUCUCUGCAGCCUUGAAUAUGAUCUGACUCGCCAGGUUUAAAGUAGCAUGGAGAACCUUUUAUGAAUCCAUUUUUAUGGACUGUUAACACGGGUCUCCCCACAUGACACACGACCGUGGCAGUGUAUCGCCGUAAGGCAAUUCGAUUGGGCUCUGGAUGACACAAGGGGGAAGAGAUAUCUAUAUAUAAUCAGUUGUCAGGUUUUGUUUAAUUUAUGGUUUGGCUAUAUAACUUAAGGAAUUUGUAAAUGUGUGGUGACACGUGUCUAAAGCAUUCUGUUUUAUAGAAUGCAAACGGAUGUCUUGAAAAAUUAGCACUUUCUUUCCAUGAGUGUGUGCUUUUUAGUAGAAGAGGUGCAACACUUCCCUUGUGUUCUUCAGAGCUCUGUGGUCGGGAUGAGUUUUGUUUCUCUCAGCGCAAAGAUUACAGCCUUUUAGGAAAUUAUUUCAUCAGUUUUCUCUAACUUCUGUGAAGUUGCAUAUUUGGCUCUCUUGGUCGAGUUUGCAUAUUCGAGUCUAGCCACUAAACCGCUGCGUAGAAGUACACCAGGGCAGUAGUUUCGACAAUGCCAGGUCCCAUAGCGCUAAACGAUCGCGUUACAGUUUUGUACAUUGUUAAAGGGAUAGUUCAACCAAAAAGGCAAAUUCUGUCAUGAUUCCGUUACCCUUAUGAGGGGGGGAGGGUGUGAACUGUCCCUUUAAAUAAAAAUCCAGACAGAUGUUCAUUAUAGAUGAGCUAUUUAAUGUCUUAGGUUUCCUCUGUAUAAACUCAAAAUUAGUUUGGAAUCAAUUCUUCAGAGAUGAUUAUGAACUUCUGCAGAAACGAGAUAAGCAGAAUAUUCAAUGCGACUCAUGAAUCGAGGCCUGUUGAGUUUAUCCUCCAUCAGCUUGCUUUGACUUAAAAGGGUUUUUACACAACAAACCCAAUGACUGUUUCCAAACGAGGCCCCGUAAAUGAAGAGAACAAGAUUAUUCGAAGUCUGAAGUCUUCCUAUAGUGAUGACAUUCUUCACGUGUGACUUUUUGUUCUAGUCUCUUGAGACCGACUAUGAUAUACAGCUCCAAUUUUGGGUGCAACCUCUUAACGUGUAAUCUUUUGUGGUUUUUGUGCUAUAGCCGUGGUGAUAUAGUUGAUUUCUCUUAUUACGAUGACUUGUAGUCACGGUCAUUAUUUGAUGUUCUUGCUUGUCAAAGAGCAAACGCAGCCUUUUCAAGCAGUCGCCGAGAUUGAAAUCCAGCUGUGCCGACAUGCAAAGAUGACGUCAACCUUACUAUCAAGGUUUAAACUUACCACGUGAUGUCCAUCACACUCACUGAGGAAAUUCUCCAGAAUGUCGACUUUCUCCUUGCUAAAUUGUUACCUCCUCCCUCUCCACGACAUGGAAAUUGAAUUCUCGUAGUGUUUUUAUUUCAUGCUGUUGAAGAUCCCGUGAACUAGUUAAGGCUUUGCCUAAUAUGAGAUGUGUUGUGUAGCUUAUGA